AUGGCCCAAUUCAUGAAGCUUCUAGUGACAAUUGCAUUAACAACCGCAAUCACAAUCGCCAUCAUCACCACCACAACUACUAAAACCACCGCCACGACCAACAAGUUUUCUCUUGAUCAAGACCCUUUCAAGGAUCUUACAUCGCCAGGAGCGGUCAAGAUCAGACCGAGUCGGUUCUUGGCCCAAAAGGUCGACGCGGGUCAUGGACCAAAAGCCCGUAACCCAAACGCAGCUGAUCAGUGCAACAAGGACCCCAAAAUAUGCAGCAGCAGCAGCUACAGCACCGGAGCAAACGCUACAAUGGAUUGUUGCAGCAACAAAUGUAUGGAUGUAUCAGCAGACGACGACAACUGCGGUGCGUGUGCGAACAAAUGCAAGUUCGGGCAAACGUGUUGUCGUGGCGAGUGUGUUUACAUGGCAUACGAUAAACGCCAUUGUGGUGAGUGUAACCACAGUUGCGGUGAUGAUCCCCGCGAGUUCUGCGUCUACGGUCUCUGCGAUUUCAUCACGGCGAUACACGGGACUAAUUCACGGCGUCUGAGUCUGAGCUUUCAUGUCCACCGGAAGGGUUGUUUAAUCGUAACUAAUCCUUCGCCGCACGGAGGACGUGGAGCUCUGCCGUCUGAAGGCGGCAGUCCUUCCGAUCUCCUCUUCCUCGCCGGAGGCGGUUCCACACUCUCCAUUAACCUCUUUUCCUUUUUCUCUUAG